AUGUCCUCGCCCUCACCCUCCUCCCCCUCCCCUCAAGCAAUCAUCUUCGAGUCCCCCUACCCCCAGCCCUUCCUCCCGAACUCGAGCGUCUUCCACUACCUUUUCCCGGACAUUGUCGGCGCCUCCCCCCUCCCACCCCUCGACCCCGCCCUCCCAGCCUACAUCGACGGGCUGGACGGCCGCGUCCUCUCCCGCGCCGAUGUCGUCGACGGCGCCCUCCGCCUCGCGACGGGCGUUCGUGGCCUGGGUGCGAAGCGCGGAGACGUCGCGCUUCUUUGGGGCCUCAACUCGCUCGAGUGGGCGCGUGCGAUCUACGGGUGUUUCGCUGCUGGUUUGACGGUGUCUCCGGCCAACGGCGGAUACUCCGCCCGCGAGAUCGCCCACCAGAUCAACGAUUCGGGCGCCUCCAUCCUCUUCAUUUGCCCCACCCUCCUUCCCGUGCUCGAGGAGGCGCGGCCGCUGCUCAAGCGCGCGUUCCCCGCCGAGCGCGUCGUCCUGCUCGCGCGCGAGACCGUCCCCGCCGCCCGCGCCCACCUCACCGUCGGCGACCUGCUCACCUCGGAGCCCGGACAUGCCGAGCGGUUCGACGGCGUCGACGCCCACUCCACCGCCAUCAUGUGCUACAGCUCGGGCACGACUGGCCUGGCCAAGGGCGUCGAGACGACGCACCACAACCUCACGUCCGAGCUGCAAGCUCUCAACGCAGGCUCGCGGCAGCUUGUUUCCGGCGUCGACGUCAUCCUCGGCGUGCUCCCCUUCUCGCACAUCUACGGCCUGGGCAUGAACUUUCUCCAGCCUGCCGCGAAGGGGUGUCCCGUCGUCGUGCUGCCGCGCUUCAACGAGAUCCCGGCGCUCGAAGCCAUCCAGAAAUACAAGAUCACGCACGCGCUCAUUGUGCCCCCCAUCGUCGUCACGUUCCUCAACUCGAAGCAUGUGCCGAACUACGACCUUUCGUCGCUCAAGACGGUGGUAAGCGGCGCGGCGCCGCUCGGCGGCGAAAUCGCCGCGGCGUUCGCCAAGCUCAUCCCCGGCGUGGUGAUGCUGCAGGCGUACGGAAACACCGAGACGUCGCCCGUGGUGAUGACGGCGCACGCGGACGAGUUCGCGUCGACGCCCGGCUCCGUCGCGACGUGUGGCAAGCUGCUGCCGACGUACCAGGCGCGCAUCGUUGCGGAGGGGCGCGACGUCGGCGUCGGCGAGCGCGGCGAGCUCUGGGUCCGCGGCCCCACCAUCAUGAAGGGAUACCUGAACAACCCGGGGGCGACGGCCGCCGCCGUCCUCCCCGGCGGGUGGUACCGCACCGGCGACGUCGUCGUUGUCAACGCCGACGGAUGGUACGCGGUCGUGGACCGCGUCAAAGAGCUCAUCAAGUACAAGGGCUUCCAGGUGCCGCCGGCCGAGCUCGAAGCGCUGCUCUUGCAGCACCCCCAGGUCGUGGAUGCGGGGGUUAUAGGGAUCUACGAUAGCGCGCAGGCCACCGAGCUGCCGCGCGCAUAUGUCGUCGCGAGCGAGAAGCUGGACGCGCGCCGCCAGGCCGCGCUCGGCAAGCAUGUCGCCGAGUGGGUCGCGGCCAAGGUCGCAAACCACAAGAAGCUGCGCGGCGGCGUGCGUGUCGUCGACGCCAUUCCUAAGAGCGCGGCCGGCAAGAUUCUCCGCAAGGAGCUCAGGUUGCUGGCUGAGGCCGAGGCGCCGAAGGCAGAGGCGCGGUUGUAG